GCGAGCACGUCGCUGAUUACAGUACCGCCCGUUGUCGCCGACGUCCCUGCCCGUGUCUCUCAUUCCGCAGACCACUGUUACAUCUUUCUUGUUUUGCUGUCAUCAUGUCUGCGACUACUCCCGUGACUGCUGAUUUCUCCUCGCCGCCGCUGAAACGGAGCAAGAUUGUCCUCCUUGGCGACCAGAGUGUGGGGAAGACCAGUCUAAUAACAAGAUUCAUGUACGACACCUUCGACAACACGUACCAGGCCACGAUAGGCAUUGACUUCCUGAGCAAAGCUAUGUACCUGGAGGAUAGGACAGUACGGCUACAACUAUGGGACACUGCUGGACAGGAACGCUACCGUUCUCUAAUCCCCUCAUACAUUCGUGACUGCUCCGUAGCCAUCGUCGUGUUUGACAUCACAAAUCGACAAUCCUUCCUCUCCACAUCGAAAUGGAUUGACGAUGUCCGUUCGGAACGGGGGAACGACGUCAUCAUUGUACUGGUCGGCAAUAAGGCCGACUUGUCAGACAAGCGGCAAGUAACACUCGAGGAGGCAAACGCGAAGGCGACCCAAUUAAACAUCAUGUUCAUGGAGACGUCUGCAAAGGCCGGGCACAACGUGAAGAGCUUGUUUAAGAAGAUCGCCAUGUCGUUGGUGGGUAUGGAAAAGGAAAAUGAGCAGUCAGAGGCGCAGAACACCAAGAUCGACGUGACAUCACCACCGCAGAACGAAGUGCCGGACGCGUCGCAGUGUCAGUGCUGAGCUCACCCUCGAGUGCUAGAGCAAAGCGUACACCUUUCUGCUUCACUUACGCUUGCAUGUACCCUUUAACCGCGUGUAUACCUUCCUUUACAUCAUUUGAUCCGGCGUGUUGUUGUACUCCAUAGUACUCAGCGACAACGCCCUAGUCAUACAUCAAGGAAUACUUGCUACAAGCAGUGCUAUGCGUCCGUAAUGCAUUGUAUAAGUCUAUUCACUCGUGCUCAGCCGCGGUUCAUGGUGUUACCAGCGCCUCGAGGGUGGGUGUCCGUGUAUUGAGCCCAUGACUCAUCCUUCUGCCUCUUCUCUUCGGCCUUCUCUUCUCCGAAUACUGUGCCAUCUUGUUCAGCAUCGAUAGCGAGUUGCUCUUUCGACGUGGGUUUGGCUUCGGAGGCAGGACCUCCGCCGGAGAUGAUAUUGCCACGCUGCCGCUCGACCUCGAGGUAUUCGUCGAUCGUCAUGGUCGGCAGUCGAUGAUCAGCCUGAAAGACUUGAGCUUGGAAUCUCGCGCGCUCGUCCGCGUUCGACGGGAGGAUCAUGAAUGGUCGCAAAGGCUUCCCUUGAGGAUCCAAUAACGGCCCCUUGCCGUCCGGACCGCCUCUGUUGACUGGCGCGUCCAGCUUCCACAUGCUGUCCUCCUUGCGCUUCUUAGCCAAACGGGGGUCAUCGGAAUGCUGCCGCUGAGGCGGCGUUGGAGGUGCAUUCCGCAGAAGCUCGAGUUCCUGAUUGGUGCUCUCCAGCUGCGCUUGUGCUUCCGCAUAGCUGAAGCGCAGCAGAAAGAUCACGGCCUCCCGAAGGAUAUCUUCAGUGUCGGCGUCGGGCUCUGUACUUGCCUCAUCGGAGUUUUGUGAUGGGUCGGGGAGAACGGAUGCAAUGAGCUCAAGAUUGGUGUUGGCAUCGGUCGCGUUAGGGUUUUUGCGCUUCCGCAAGGCCUCGAUCCUCGUCCUGAUAUCCUUCUCCCGUUUGUACUGCUUGAUCUUCAGCUCUCUCCGUUUCGCGGGAUCACUCACUGAGGAUGCGGCGCGGCCGUACAGCGCCUUAUCCUCCUCCGUGAUGAUUUCAUACAACUCCAAGUAGCGGACAAAGGAUUCUAGAUAUCUCUUGACAUUGCUGACCAAGUCUAACCGCUCAUCACGAUCCGUUGUCCGGACUCGAGAGAGCACCUCUGAGAGCGCGUAGGGUACGAGUAUAUAGACGAGAUCACGGGUGGGGAUGUCUGUGAGGUGCUCGUUUGCGCUGAAGAGCGAGAGCUUGGCCACGCGCGAGCUGCACUGACGAAGGUCGUCGAGUGCAGAUUGAAUGAGCUCCUGUGUCUCGUCUUCGAUCGUUGGUAAGUUGAGCGCCCUGGACGCUGUGGUGAGAGCGCGAUGGAAUAGCGACGGUAGUGGUACGUCCUCCAUUGAAGCUGUAGUGUAGCGGUGCAAGUGCAAGUUGACC